AAAGGGGGCCGUCGCGCCGCAUUCAACCUGCCGCACACCACGUGAUUCCGGACUCGAGCCUGGUAACGGCGCAAGCCACGGCGCGGCGCUAGGGCCUCUAAGCCUGCGCCGCCCGUGCCGCCGCCGCGAUAAGCGCAGAGCCCGCAGCCGCGGCGGCCCGUCGGUGUACCUCUCCCUCCGGCGCGCAAAUCAGGCCCGGGCUGACAGUCGCGCCGAGCGCUGCGCCGUUGUCGCCGGCAGCCCGAGGUCUGCGCUCUUCUUGGGACGGCCCACGCAGCGCUGACUUUUGUCCUUUGCGUCAGUUUUGUGAGGCAUCCCGGCGCCCGCCCCCUUUCUCUUCCGACAGCUCUGUGCGGUGUCAAUUGUGCGGGCGCGUUGCCGUGACGUUAUUCUGCCACCACCUGUCACCGGCCCUUUCACACUCCUUUACUUCCAUCAUCAUCAAGGAGACACUGGGUGACCGAAGUGACGAUCCAGAGAGACGCGAUCAAAAGAGCUGCUUUCACAAGGACGGAUCUGUGUGGAUGUUGUGACUGUGUUACGUGAAGUGACGCGUUGCGCUCCCCAGGCACUGAAGCUGCGUGCUUACGCCGCAGUUUGGACUGCGUGCAGUCAAGAACCUCUGUUCGCUGUUCGCUCAGUCUGCCUCCUAAACAGCCGCUGAACGAGGCCUAUUAUUCUGAUCAAGCUUGCGCACGCGGUGAUAUUCAUGACCUUUCGAUGUUGACGUGACACUAAAGGCUGCUUCGUACGUGGUAGUUCCCUUGUGACCGCGCGCUGUUCGUGACGUUGCGCCUUGGAAUGAUGUUGCUGCUUGUCCCUUGUGGAUUCCGUUACUUCUAGAUCUGCUAACUGUCACGGUCCCUGUCUUCAGCCCAACAACUGACUACCUGCGCACGAACUGCCAUGUCUGAGGUUUGCCGAGAUUCCCCAUGAGUCACCGCUCUCUUGAGUGCCAAGCCAGCGGCCCUUCCCACGUCCACCUAGCGCUGAACCGAUCCCUUGCGGAUGCGUCGCCAUCCAACGACUACGGCGAUCCCUGGCCCCUGUAGGAGAAGCACCGUGUGGUCAGUAUACACCGCCGCCGGCCAUGAUGUGUGCGACUUCUGCGCCAGCGCCGCCAUGAAGCAGCAGAGUUACCGCGUCACAGCCACGCUUGCCUGGGCUCUGGCACUGCUCCAGUGCACAGCGGUGGCUUCGGCCUGGAGCAUCGAGGACUAUGAGACCCCAUGGGCUAAGCCACCGCGGACACUACGACUGGAUGCGGAGCCAGCGCGCAUUCUCAAGCCGGUGCCGCCGCAGCAGCAGCAGCUCGGCUAUGUCGGCUCGCCGGACUAUUGGCCGUUUUCGGGACAUGCGGCGCCGUCCUUUGACCCCGCAACGCCACGUAACGUCACCACCCAGCUGGGACAGACCGUGUACCUCAGCUGCAUGGUCAACAACCUCGGAGACAAAACCGUAACGUGGAUCAGGCGCAAAGAUCUGCACGUUCUGACCGUGGGUCUGGACACUUACGUCCAGGAUCCGCGCUUCCAGGCCAUACACCUGGAGCGCUCCAACGACUGGGCGCUGCAGAUUCGUUACGCGCAGCUCAAUGACCAGGGACUGUACGAGUGCCAGGUGAGCUCGGACCCCAAGAUGAGCCUGUUCGUGCGGCUGCGCGUGCUGGUGGCACGAGCCGAGAUCGUGGGAGCCAGCUCGGGCCAGCUGUUCCUCAAAACGGGCUCGACCAUCAACCUGACGUGCGAGAUCAGCCAGAGCCCCGAGCCGCCCGUGUUCGUCUUCUGGUACCACAACGAGCGCAUGAUCAACUACGACGAGGCGGCCAAGAGCCACAUCCUGGUGCGCAAGGCCGGCCGCAACGCCGCCGUGUCACGGCUGCUGGUGCACGACGCGGUGCCCUCGGACUCCGGCAACUACACCUGCGGGCCCUCGAACGCGGACGCCACGAGCGUCGCCGUGUUCGUGCUCAACGGUGAGAAGCCGGCCGCCAUACAGCAUGAUGCCACGCCCCCUUCAACAGCUCGGCCCUCCGUGUGCGUGUCUGAUGUGGUGGUGCUGCUUGCGGUAUUGGUAGCCUUGAGGACUGUGCGUGCCCACAGGUGAUGAAAGUGGACGUCGCCUCCUGCCCGUCGACACGCCACACAGAUCACCCAACGACAACACUCCUGCACCUUCACCGCGCGGAACGAUGCUAGCCAACCGUGACUCGACAUGACGCGCGUCCCCAUUGCAACACGACACGACCACGGUUUGUUUCGCCGCAGAUACGGCAAACGCCCUCGUGAAUGUAACAGUGCGUCCGCAGGCUAUGGGCAAAAACUGCGCACUGUUCUGCAUUCUUCAUGUGUGUGAUGUGUGCGUGUGUUCGGGCGUGUUCCGCUUUCGGAGUGCGACCGUCAGUCUUUCUUCUCUGUGUUUGCUUGCAUUGCCUACGCUGUCUUCGACGGCGUGUACUUGUAACCGACGGAGGAUGUAGUAUCACAACCGCAGCGAUAUGCCGGCCGUGAGGUGCAUGGGAUCAAACUCGGCGGCAGAGAAGACGCUGACUGCGAAAUGUGACAGAGCCUCCCUGAUGUUUGCAACUUAUCCAACGUUAGAUACCGCAAUACCAUCCCCCCCACCCCCCCUCCGUCACUCUGAAUCUUCGACGACGUUCCCAUGCCUUCCUUUGCUGCUUUUUAAGCACUUGUUAGCCAGCGACACACCGGGUAAAGAGUCUGGAAUCGUAAAAAUACCGAGGAAAUCCAACUGUGUGGGUGGUCAGACCUGGAAGGAAACGACCACGGCAAUAGUGCGUGGUUACUUUCCUUUUAAAUAUAUUUUACAAUACCCUUUCUUACCGUGUUCGUUGACCCAAAGAGGCAUGGUUUUAUUACAGUACUGUAUACGUGGCGGAACAGUCGAAGACAAAGGAGGGAUGUAGCUAACAGUACAGCGAGUCUCAUGACUGAAGCGCUGGAAAAGAGGAUGCAGCCUAAGCAUUUCCAGGCCCAGGAUAGGCCUUUCUGUCAAACCUACAAAGGCACGCAGCAGGCUAAGAGUGAAUGUAUAUAAAUACAUCUGGUGAACUCAGCGUACGUACCCCAAUUGUGAAAAUGGAAAGAAAGAAAAAACGUUUAGCAGAACUGCUUGAUCAGCAAGUUCGUAGUAUUUGCGCUCACUAAAACUAGCUAAACUGCUAGCGUACACAAAUCGAUAAGGUGAAUGGACGAGCUCUCAAUUUAAAUUUUUAUUGUAUCGCAUGCAACGCAUACAAAGGGUACUGGUCUCGGACUGAUGCCAGUCAAGAUUGUGAUAAUCCGGAUAACCAUGUUUGUUCAUGUUAUCUUGCAAUGUUGAUAUGAUGUGUCGCAUCAUGGAAAACAGUAGUCUUGCGCGUAGUAUGGCUGUAUAUGCUGUAGGUAUGAAAGCAUAGGCAGGGAAAUAUGGCUCACAUGUGGCGUCAGUGACCUUGUUUUAGGCACCCAUUUCUUUAAGGUACGUGCCACGGCCGAAAAGCUACGAUACUGUCGUGGUACUUGUCCACAUGAAAAAAAAAAAAAAAACUGUCUAUGUCAUGUGCUGCCAUCACUGGCACUUGCAGGGACUAGUACCGUCGUAAUAUGCGAUUUGGCUUUGAUACAGCUUGCACAGCGUUCUUAACCUGUUACCCUAAGUAAUGUGAGGUUAUUCUCAGUAGUUUAAUGAAUGAAUAAUAAUUAUGUGGACUUAUUGGUGCUAGUAACCAAUACCAUGUUCUACGGCUUCGGCUGUUCGAUUAACUGCGAUUCCCUUUACUGUUACAAAGGUUCGUAUGCGACCUAUUUUGUUCAAUUUAAAGCACCUGAUUUCUUGUUUUCAUGGACACUCUCUAGUUGAAGGAAAGUAAAAAUGCACAAAUUUCAGUUUUAAUGAAUACGCUACCACAGAGCAACGUGGAAAUCACUCAGGCAUAGCGAAAAGUCAUGAUUUAUUGAACCACUUCGAGUUGAAUUUCAUGAAAUAUGUGUGUCAUAUGGAACUAAAUUGCGUAAGCAAACAGUACUUUCUUUGUUUGGAAAUGUGGGGAAAAAAUUAAAGGGGCUGCCUGACAUCCGUGUCAACGUUCCGAUUAGCCGCGUUGUCAAUCAAGGACUAGUCCUGUUGCAGGAAACGUGGCCAUUGGUAUUCCUAUAUUUGCUGUGCGAAGACUGCUUCGUAUAAUGUCACAGCUUUUUGCCAAGUAACGGGGAGCCAGUGUCUAAACUGCGUACAUCUGCCGCUCUCUUGGUCUCCAAAGUAGAGACCUAAGAUUGCAUUGAAAGCUUUCGUCAAUGUGGUGACUGCGAUUUUUACUUUUUGCCAAGUCGAUAAACUGGCGGUGUCGAUAAACUGGCGAGAAAUUCUGCGUAUAUGCUGUUCCUGUCAACACUUAUUUGUAUCACAUGUUCCCCGAAUACUUUCUGAAUAUAGCGGAAUCACCGUCGCACAAACGAACGAUUGCUGAGGCAUCUUGCUGGAUGUUAUAACACGCGUUGCUUGAAAGGACUGACAACCAGCCAGAAUGUGUUGUGAGACAUUGAUGGAGUUGAAAUGAACACGGUUUAUAGCGAUAGAAUCCAGCAUUCUGUUGGCGAUUUAAAUAGUAAUUAAACUUAAAUUAGCGAAGAAAGUCUGAAAGAUCAGCAAGUGGCGCGGCCUGGCGGUGAAACCUUGGUUCUCCGGAUGUAGUAUAUGAUAUUACUGUACGUAAGUCCGCUGUUAUUAAGUGCCGCAUACUCAUUGCUUAAAAUAGGAAUUCGUAUAUUUUAGACGCUUGCGCUUUAUUCUAUGCGUAUUAUGAACUAAAUAACGUCCACGCUAGCGAGCGGCACGGGCAUCCCAUCCCAUGGCAUGACGACGCACAUGCGGUUGUACGUGCGCAAGUUUGCGAGUAAGUACCCAGAGUUAUGGGGCUUUCCUCUGAGAUACAAUGUGCCGUCGGCUAGGUGUGCCGCAAAUGGGUGUCAGCACUACAAUAUUGGCACACGCGUGGCUAAAGCAACAGGCUGAACUGCGCGUCGCGUGUAAAAGCGUCGUUUGCUUUCGAUAACCUCGGUAGUCGGACAGUAGUCGGUAGUCGGACGGUAGUCGGACAGGACCACGAAAACACGUACCUAUUAUUUCAAAAAUAAUUUAACACUUCGGAAAACAUGAAUCGCAGGAGCAUCGACUUGAUAAACAAAAUAAUACUUUCUCGCAGCUAUGGCAGCGCUUGUCGUCUGCCUCCCACAUAUACCGGCGUAUAAUCGCUAUUGCGCUCAACCAUCACUGUUUUCAGCAUGCUUCCAGUGAACGACUAAACUCCCGCAGAAGAAAAAUUCUGCUAAAAAGCUUUUAUCCUAUUUUCCGCGUCACCACUUCAUGAUUACACACUCUGACCUGUAAGCUUACCGUAGCACUAAAAAAAUGGCUAGCAUGAAAAUUGGUUGUCAGCCCCUUUAAGCAUCACCGAAGACGAUCUGUCGACACUAACAACCUAACUUUGGAGGUCACUAGAUUGGUAAGUACCUUCAACUUUUCCGAACACCCACGUGGAAUUGAGGCUUCACGCUGAACUAAACUUAUAAGAAAAGGCACCAGGCGUUUGAAUGACGAGAAGAUUUCACGAGUGCUGCUUCAUCUCCGAUCUUGAACAUUUGACUCGAACUGUAGAAGGUUGCAAUCUCCUCGCUCUGCAGGUGCCCGUUCGCCCUCAGAAUACCGUCCUUCAUUCAAGCAUUCACGAAACACUGCCGCAAAAACAUUGCAGCGAGAAUUACAGGGCCCUGAGCGCGUCCGAACCGUGCUCUGGCGAAUUACAUGUAAGAAAUUGACCGCCGAUGGUGCAUGUAGAGACGGUUUCUCUGUGCUCGGUGUACAGUUUUUGGUGAAUUAACCCACAUACUUGCUAUCAUUCAUUUGAACGGUAUGAAUACAGCCACUUCAAAUAAAUUGAAAUUGUCGGACAAAACACGAGAACUGCAACAAACCUCAGUCAUGUGCCAACGCUUUAAAAAAGAAAGAAAGAAACAUUAGAGCUGGAAUCAGGGUUCCUAUCUACGAAGAUUUCCUCAACUUCCUUUAACCAUCAUUAUAAUUAGUCAGCUUGAUUCGACUACAACAAGAAGGCUUUUAGCACGGGCCAUUUCUAUCGCUGUUCGCGCCAAUCGAAGCCAUCCAAUGUCCGCAUUGCAUUCAGCGCCUCCUUCUUGUAUUGUAGUGUAGCCGUCAAAAGCUUUUCUUCUUAAAUUCGUUUGUCUGCCUCCCUUCGUUCGUUUAUUCCACAAUGGUUACGAGUGCUCUCUAUCACUCUCAGUUCAUUGCGUGACCCGUCAGCUCUGAGGUGAAGAUUCGGAAAGUGUACACCUAGCUGCAGCACUUUCCAGAAUGUGAUCACCGCGAUGACGACAGAUUUCUUCUCUGCCUAAGCUUCGAGCCAGGUAUUCAGGCAUUCAUUGCUAAGCUCUGGGUGCUACUUACCCGCUCUGCUACCUAAGCUUCGCAUUCAAUGCUGUUGCCCAGAUCAUUAAAUGACCAGUUUCCUUUCUGUCCGUUUCCCAUUCCGGAAACUUACAUGCGCAGGUCUACGUUGCUGCGAUGCCGGAAGAAAAACCUAAAGUUUGUCACGUUUAGAAGUCGCAUAGGCUUAUGGCUAGCACUUAUGCGCCAGAGAUGAACACAAUAAAGAGUGCGUUGUUGGGCAAGUUGGUUCAUUGUAUUUGGAUCGUCUACAAAGCGCAUCCAAUCUUUCCAAAUACGAUAAAGAGAGGUAGAUAAACAAAGAAAAGUGAGAAAAUAUUCUAUUCUUCGCAUGGUGCUUGAUGCUGUGGUAGAAAAUAGCUCGUUUUGAAGGAUGUUGAUUGGUACAAAAGAGUGAUGACAGGAACUCAGACGAUUUGUUUCCGUGAAAGACUGCUGCCACAUGGCUUGACUUUCAUGAUAUUAUUAUAAGAACGUGCAGCCAACGUGAAUAUGUAUCAUCGUGCCGAAUGGAAGUUUUACACGUUGCUAUGUACCCCCUGUGGUUCCCUUCAGAGCGAAAGAUGUGCAUACGCAAAAGCAGCUCUUUGUUUUAGUGGCAUUAGGGGUCGUUCACUACAAUAGCUUCACCCGCUCCUGGCCACCUCCACUUCUACACUUAGGGGGUGUUUACUACCGGUAAACAGCAGAGUACACACAAUGCAAUUUUACAAGGUGUUGCAUGUUUUACAAGGGGCUACACGUGCGUAACACGGGGAAAAUUUAUACGGGACUAUGUUGGGGAUCGUAAAAAAAAAAUGCGGGGAGUUCUGGCCGCAUUUCACGGAUGUGACAUAUGCGUUAUUGCGCAUUUAAGAAAGAUUUUUUAUACCUGGAAAGAAUCCGUGUUUGCGUCAAAAUGCAUUCUGGCACUCUGUGGGCUCUGCCUUCACUAGUACGCAGCAUUCUUGUAUUAAUGAAGCAUUACGGUGAGCUAAAUAGGUAGCUCCUACUCUGUAAUUAACAAGCUGCGAAUAUUACGGCCUUGAGCGUAAAACAAAUGAAGAUUGCAUGAGAGAAUGCCGUUUUUGGCGGCUAAUCGACCGCACCGGCGGAGAACCCAGAAAUACGCCUCCAUAUAGCUGCUACACGUUCUGCCGCACGUCAGGCAUUUAGCGGUGAAGCUUUCGGUGAUCAAAAGCACGUGAGCAAGUGAAUGUGAAGUUUUAACCGUGAGAGUCUAUGAGAGAGCCAGAGGGAAGCAACAAAACGAAAGACAGGAUAGCCAUGCAGUCUGUAGAGGAUUCAAAUAUUCCGACAUUUCUAGAAAAAAAUACAUUUUUCAACGUAAUUUAUAGCAUGAACUAUGAAAAUAUUACACUUGUUAUAUAAUAUUAUACACAUAUUUCUGCUCACUGUAUCAAGAGUUGCUGAGAGGUUUCAGUUUACCUUCUAAAAUUGGCAUGAGAACGUCGUCAAGUAGCGUUGGACAACCACUAUAGUCAGCGGUGUCGCUUUUCAGAACGCGGUAUUCUGACCUAUCCCAUAAGUGUAGAUUUAGCCCCCUUCCUGCAAGAUGUCCUGUUUGGCCUACGGUCGGAAAGUUUGAACGAUCUCAGAUGAGAUUCAUCACUGGGAAGGUAAAUUUAAAAGUUCGAGUCUGGCAAGGGGCUUUUUCAUGUUUGUUUUUUUCACUGCACCGCUGCUAAGUUCACCUAUUGGCCGCGCUGUAUAUACUACGUCGCUACUUGUGUCAUUAGGAGUGUUUUCAGUUUUAGAGGCCGCGGUCGUGACAGUAGAGAAGGUAAAAUCCACUUUAUUUUUUUGGUUUACUGAGAGCAUCCGUUACCGAAGGCCGUUCUUUCUUUCUCCCGAAAUUUUCACAGCAUAUCGUGACGCCUAUAUUUCAUGGACAACGACGCGAAAUAUUUUUUUUCUUUGAAUACGGUUAUAUGACUAGAAAUAGCCAGUUCCAUCUUUAAGAACUGUCACUGAAGUAGAGACAUGUACUUCUUGUGAUUUGUAAUGCCAUAAAAUCAAAUAAUAUGAAUCAAAGCAGGACUAUGACAUCUGCUUUAUACGAUUAUGGUGACCUUAUGGGCAUUUGAUUUUUAUUUCUCUGACCCUGCACAGGAAUCUGUAUUUUCACCUUUCCAUAUAAGAAUGCGGCUUUUAUACAAGUAAAAUAAAAGAUAUUGAGUAAAUUUCUCUUCAACGUUGGUGAUGGGGCUAUUUAUGAAAUCAUUAUACGGCUCUGGUAUGAGCCACUCGGGAAAAGUGCAGAAUACAGCGUCUGUUGAACGAACACCUUGCCAGCAUAUUGCAACAGCUGUGAAAAAAUAGUAGCUACUUCAUAUUUACUGCAUGGCGUAGAAAAUUCCGGCGUCUUUCUUUCUUUUCUUUUUACAUAUUAAGGUACGUGUUGUUGGUUGGACAACAUUAUCCAAACUUCCGUCCGGCGGAUGGUACCCCUUAGUAUGUCAUCACAAUUGAGUACGGUGAAGAAGUUUGACAGCACAAUUCAAUGGGUGAAAUAACAGCGAGAUUUUAUUGAAUUGUAAUGUGUUCUUCACACUGGCACCAUUCCCUCCCUUUGCGCUUAUAGACUUUUGUGUCGUAACUACUGUUUAGCACGUAACGCUGGUGAUACCUUUAAUUUCAUGCAGUAGGAUACCGGUUACAGAUGAAGUAUUCAUUUCGCCAUGACAAAGCACUAACGUUAUAUGCCUUCUGUGCAAGUUAGACAGAACGUCCAGUGAAGAAGCCACACAGUUUGCACUCAAGGUGUCACGCUUCUUGAUGUUGCGUCUGCAAAAGAAAAAACUACACCCAUCGGGGAACUUUCUUCCUUUCCUAAUAUCGCGACGUCGAUAUUUGGCUCAAAGCAGCAAGAAUUUAAAAACAAAAAUUCUAAAAAUUCAGACAUUGCGCUACCUGAGAAUGAAAAUGAAACACCAUGUUACCAAACAAAAUAAGUAAGCACUGAAGCUUAACUCAAGCCCUCUGCAUAAGAUGUUUGACGAAAUGAUGAUGACAUGAAAACUUAAUGUAAUUGCCUUCGUUUUUGGAACGAUCUUAACGUACAACUUGAGGCUAGAAUAUAUUAUAAAAUGUAAAGUUUUAGGUAAUCGUCAUGAAAGCUUAUUAACUUCGAACCGAUAGAUAACACCGGCACUGACACGUCACAAAUGAAAGCGAGUGAUUCCGUUACACCUUCCGCUUCCGUUACACCACGCUCCCACUUACGAUUAUUCGCCAUCCACCGUUCCUUGAAUCCAUCGAAUGUCCUUUCCGUUCGUCUAAGAUCCACUACUAUAUCAACCAUGGAAGUUCUUUCGGUGUUCUCAUAGUGACGGAUUGCCAUAUUUUUGGACGUGAUCGCCAUUCUUAUUGUCUCAAGCGAGCUUUGCGAAGCCCUUAUAGACGGAAUGGUGGCAUUCACACUUACACGCUUUAAGAAUUUGUCAUUGUUUCCGUGCUAUAGACUUCGGCUUUGUCGUGACGGGAUGAUCCUCGGCUCACUGGGGCCGCGGUUGGUGGAAUAUUAUUGUGGCGCUGGCGAGCUUUUCAAUCAAUACUUUGAGGUGAAAAUGAUGAGUAUAUAAAGCGAAAUAUUUCACUGUGUUAGGCACGUCAUCAGCGCAUGGCCUUGAAGCAUACGAAGUUGUUACAAUCAUUUCUAGUCGAUUCAUUCAUCUAUCGUGUGCAUGUUUUGAGAGUGUAAAAAUACGGCAUUGUUUGAGAUUAUAUCAUUUCGCAUGAGUGAUAUAUGGAGACAGUGUUACAUUAUACUUCAUGUUGAUGGUUCCUAGGUUGUUUGUAAAUAAAUGCUCAGAAUCUAUAAUAAAAAUACAUGAAGAGUG